AUGGUCCUGCGGCUGUCUGUGUCCCUGUGGGUGGUCUGCAGUUGGAGCAGUGAUGAGCGCAUUGCUGCGAACUUCUCACUGUGUUGCAGGGGAUGGACGUGCGUGUGUCUUGUGUCCUGUCCAGACCCGGAACUUGAGAACUUGAGCCGAGCUGGGGAGCGUCUCUGUGGACGCUGGACUGACCGAGUGCCUCACGGAGCCGGCGGAGACCAGCAGGGACCCUCCCCUGAGCCUUCAAGGGAGCGCGGCCCUGCCGGCCCCUGGAUGCUGGAGUUCCGCCUCCGGGCUGGGGAGCCUGAUCUGCGCUGUUCCAAGCCGCAUGGCUGGUGGCAGCCAGGGGAGGCAAACACGGUCUAUGGCCGGUCUGCUGGGAACACAGGACGCCGCGUCCUCGUCCACCGCAGCCACCGAUCUGUCACCCUGUGCUUCCGACUGUUCUCCAAAGUCAGAAUGACCGCCAGGGGGAAAGAUUUUGUGUCAAUUGAGGACAUCGAGGCAGCCAGGACGGCCCAGCUAAAGACGCUCAGGAAAGAGGACUCCAGAGCUGCUGCAGGACGUGGCCGGGACCAUGGGAUAACGGCGCUGCUCACGCUCCCCACCUGCCCCGUGGGGUCAGAACCCCGUCCUCAAGCUGCCCCGGCCCUGAGGCCCUUCAGUCCUGCUCGGCUCCUGCUCAGCCGCACUUGGCGGCUGCAGGACGGCCGGGAUCCGGGCGCUGUGCCCGAGGUGUUCGGCAGGGAUUCAGCAGGGACUUCUGCUAAACAUAAAAUAAAACUUCUCUUCCGCAGUCGCAAGGCUGAGGCAGAGGCGGAGCAUGCGCGGGUCACGUUCCUGCCGCCCAAGGUGCUGAGCGUGUGCGUGUGCAGAGGACGCGAGCCGGGCUUUGUCGUCCUCCACCCCGCUACCCCCGUCCCUCCAGGUGGGGUGCCGCUGCCGGUGCUGCUGGCCUGCGGACCUGGAGGCCGCUGUGGCCUUGAGGAUGGUGAAAACUGGGCCUCCCCUGGCAAGGCGAGGUACAGGGCUCCCUCUGCUGGGAGCUGUGAUUCUGAGUCGGGGCUGCCGGGGUUCAGGUUCAGCCAGGUGCCAGCCAAUGGGCACCGCCGGGCCACCCUUCCCUCCCUCCCCGUGAGAGGGGCUGGUCCUUGCCACGUCUUCCCGGCUCAGAGACCCGGGCCUGACCCCGCAGAACACACCUGGAGUGGAGCCAGACGCCAGUUUUGCCUCCUCCGGCUGGCGCACGCUCACCUGCACCGGCAGCUUAGAGCAAGGGUGUGGCCGCCUUGGACUCUCCCCCGCUGGCAUGAUCAGCAUUUGAUUCCAUUUCCUCCAUUUCUGAGAAAUGAAGGUGAUGCAAAACGCAACACAACAAACGCAGCGUCUUAUCCCCCUCGCUCACUGAGAGCAGAAGGGAUCCCCGCGGGGGGAGCUCACUGCCCGCCGCGCUGCGCACCACAGGGAGAGUCGGCCGGAGGAGAGGUGCCCCUGGGCAGACCGGCCCGAGGGCAGCCGGCGGGAGGGGCUGCUCCGCGCGCGCACUCUCGGGACCCCUGCGCGGCUCUCGCUCAGGAAUGGAGCUGGGCGGGGCUGAGGGCUGUGCACGGUCCGGCGGCCAGCGCGCCUCCCACGGCCCACGCACCCGCAGAGGAGGCUGCCUGGGAAGGAGGAGGACCUGCCGUCGGGGACGGGCGUGUGCGCCUGGCUCGACACACUCAAAGCGAGCAAGCAAGUGGAAGUGGGGUGCAGGCCGGGCCUCCGCGGCGUUCCUGGACCGCCGCAGUGUGACAGCCGCGAGACAGUUUUGCAAAAGACAGAGAAUUAUUCACAAGGCGGCCGCGUGUGGCAGCGGGAUCCCUGGGGGGAAGGGCUUGGACUGCGGGGGACGAGGACACAGCCGGUCCGAUGCGGACGGGUGCGGGAGGUGCCCUGGUCAGCGGCUUGCGGGUGCGAGAUCCGUCCUCACGCCUCCUCACGGCCGCAUGUUCAGAAAAUGGGGGUUUUCAGCCCCUGACGCCGGGGCUCACCCAGCAGACAGCUGAGCGGGCUCCGGCCAGGUGUCGUGGUUUGGGUAGGAGUGGCCUUCGUGUCGCCGAAGAGCAACCCAGGCCACCGUCAGCAUCGCGCCCGGCGACGGCGGUGCCCCGUGCAGCAAGGUCAGUGGGAGGCGAAUGACACCUUGCUCGGCGGUGCGGCCCGGAAUUAGUGAUUUUAACUUCAGCUAGAAGCAGAUCGAUGAAAGCACGCAGGGCUGGAGGGUCAGUCGGGGCCCCGUGGUUCCAGAGAGGGUUCUGGGGUGUCCCAGCAGAACCGUCGGGGCGGGAGAGCGGAGGUGACAGGCGGGGACAGGAUCGGAGUGUGCUGUGGCGUGUGCACCGGGGACAGGAUCGGAGUGUGCUGUGGCGUGUGCACCGGAGAUCGCCUCGAGGACCCGUCAGCCAGAUGACAUCCGCCCUGGGGAGGCAGGAGCAGUGUGCCCGGUGACCAGCUCCUGCUCCCUGCGGGGCUCGGGACGGCGCUUGGGUGCUGCGGGGUCUGUGCUGAGUCCCCGCUCCGGGUGCCUCCUGGCUUGUCCCCCACCCCUUCCCUUCUGCAGUCUGACGACCGAGUCAUCCUGUCACCUGACCACAUCUGCUCUGAAGACGGUCGUCUCAGGGCUCCAGUCUUUAGCCCUGUGACCUCCCACUCCAUGGACAAAGCCUCCCGGCAGCCAAAACCCCAGCACCAUGGGAAUCUUCUCAUCACGCAGCUGAGGCAGGGACGGGGACCCCGUGUCAAAGGGACCUGCUGGGCUCCUGCCCCUGCCAUGGGCGAGGCUGUGGCCACAGUGCCCCCUAGUGGCUGGAAGGCACCAUUGCCCUGUCUACUCUGCAGGGCAGCUCUUGCACCCAGGGCCUAGAGCUGCACAGGAAGUAAGGAAUUUGUCCCAAAGACAUAGGCACAAAAUUAUGAAAUGAGCCCUGCCAAGGUGUCUGUUUGCUGCAACACUAUUCAUAGCAUGUGGUUUGGAUCUGGAACGUCCCCGAGAGCUCCGGAGGUAGAAAUCUUGGUCUCCGGGGUGCAGGGCUCGGGAGCCUGGAUCACAGGGCUCUGGCUCCCCCUGCGGAUGGGCCCAUCGUGCUGCUGCGGUCUGUUGGCCCUGUGGAGUGUGGUGGGAACCGUGGCAGGGUCCCCUUGGAGGGAGCGCGUCACGGCGGUCGUGGCCUUGCAGACUCUCUCUGGCUUCUGUCCCCUUCCCCCUCUGCCUCCUGGCUGACGGGAGGUGAGCAGCCACCCUCCACCACACCCUUCUGCCUGGUGUCUGCUCCGAGCCCGCGCCCUGGCCGGCACGGGGCCCGAGAGCCCUCUGCUGUGGGCGGCUUCCCUCUGUCUGUGCCCAGUGAUGGGAAGCGACCAGCGUGGGGAGCUGUCCAUGCUGGAGACAGCGAAGGCCUCACUGCGCUGCCCAGGGCUGGCGCCAGGACCACAGCAAGGGCAGACCGAGAAGGGCCCACCUCCAGGCACAAGGGCUGCAUUUCUGUGAGAAAGAGCAACAGCAGAAAUACAGGCAUUUGGGCUCUAUGAAAGAAGACAUGGAUGGAUAAACGCAAACGUAGGAAAGCGAUGACCUGCGGCAGUGGAGGGUGAGGUCACAGCAAGGGACUGUGAGCGAGAGGACGCCACAGCUACUGCACACGCCAGGGCAGCACCUGGGCGGGGGAGGACGGGGCGGCAGCUACAGUGGCCGGGGGGCUAGUGCGCGGAUGCGGGGUGCCUGGACCCCACUCCGAGGCCUGGCUGUUACCGCCUCAUAGAGUCGUUCUGGGCAUGUGACUGUGUUUCAGCUGGGGACACUCUCAGGCCCCGGGCCUGCAGAGGGAAUGGGGGUUUUCCCGGGGUGCAGCUCCUCCACCUGAGCACCCGGCCCUGAUUCCUCUCCUCUCCUCUCCCCUCCCCUCCCCUCCCCUCCCCUCCUUUCCUCUCCUCUCCUCUCUUUUUC